AUGAGUUUGUUAAUACCCACCGUAAACGAUUAUACCGAUGCCCACGGCGAUGCUGAAGGCACUUUGGAGUAUGAGAAGUGUAUAAGAGCGUGCCAGGAUGAGAGAAAUGACGAAAACAAACUUGUUUACCCGUGGAAAUUUGAAGUGGUGAAAGGGUUCUUCAAGCAGACCGACGAGGCCACCGACGACUUGAAGUUUAGGUACACCGAGGAAAACUUUGGCCGGUUGAAGUCGUGGGACGAGAUCACCAAGACGUUGGAGAAGCUCAAUGCCGAGGCUGCGGACAACGAGAGCUACAAAUUGGUGUUUUUGGCUCGUCAUGGUCAGGGCUAUCACAAUGUGAUUGUGGAGAAGUAUGGAUUUGAAGCAUGGAGAAACAAGUGGCACAACCAGACCACGGAUGGCGAGAUUGUGUAUGCUCCAGACCCCAUGUUGACGGAAUUGGGUAUAAACCAAGCCAAAGAGAACAAUGUGGCAUGGAAGCAGGAGGUGCAAUUGGGUGCGCCUAUACCCCAGGCUUUCUAUGUUUCACCAUUGCAACGUUCUUCGUGGACGUGUGUGCUCACGUGGGAGGGUAUCACGGAGCCACGUCCUCUUGUCACGGAGGCCAUUCGUGAGACAUUGAAUGUGAAUCUUUGUGACAAACGGUCGUCCAGGCUGGUGAUUGAAGAGAGGUUCAAAAAGUACGGUUUUAGAAUCGAAGAUGGAUUUCCCGAGGAAGACACCUUGUUCAAGGACCAUGACCGCGAGACUCUCGUGCAACAGUCGUUGCGAGUCAAUGGGUUUCUACAAAAGCUCUUUGACAAUGAGUGGAAUGGCCACAAGGUCGACCGCUCCAAGGUCCACGAAAAUACGGUUAUAAGCACCACUUCGCACGCUGGAACCAUCCGCGCCUUCAUUACGGUGUUGGGUCAUCGUAUGUUCACCAUUUCUACAGGAGGAAUGCUCCCCGUGGUGGUGAAAGCUACCAGGCAAACUGACUAG